CGGAGGAGGGAUCGCUGUAAGUGUUUGACUGUAUCUCUCUACUUGUACAUCAUUCUCAGUUCAUUUAUUUCAACAUCACUUCAACAGGAAAAUACUCUUAAUUCAACACAUCUGUUUUUAAUUGAAUUGGCGUGAUAUAGGUACACCAAAAUGUCAGAUAAAAGUGAUUUGAAAGCAGAGCUGGAGCGUAAAAAGCAACGACUGGCUCAGAUACGAGAAGAGAAGAAACGGAAAGAGGAAGAAAGGAAAAAGAAAGAGGCUGAGCUGCAACAGAAGAAAGAGCCACCUCCUGAGGACUCCGAUCUUGACCGGAAGCGAAGAGAGACAGAGGCUUUGCUACAGAGCAUUGGCAUAGCCCCAGAGCCAGCAUUAGUCCCAACCCCUAUGUCUCCCUCCUCGAAAUCAGUGAGCACGCCAAGUGAAGCUGGCAGCCAAGACUCGGUAGACGGUGGACACACUGGAAGAGCAUUGCAAUGGGAUACCGAUCCUUCUGUGCUCCAGCUACAGUCUGACUCUGAUUUGGGCCGUCGCAUGCCUAAACUUGUGAUUUCAAAAAUUACACAAGUUGAUUUUGUACCUCGAGAAGUGGUGUCAUACUCCAAAGAGACGCAAACGCCUGUUGCGCACCAGCCAGAAGAGGAUGAAGAUGAUGAGAUUCCUGAAUUGAAUCUAGGAACUGAAUCGGAGCUGGAAAACCAAGAUCAGAAAGAUGAAACUAAAGAAGCUUCUCCAAGAGAACUCACUGAAGAGGAGAAGCAGCAAAUUCUUCAUUCAGAGGAAUUUUUGAUUUUCUUCGACCAUAACAUACGUAUCAUUGAACGUGCUCUUGCUGAAGAUUCUAGCCUCUUCUUUGACUAUGGUGGCAAGGAGUUGGAUGAAAAAGAAGGAGACUUUCAAGCUGGGCUAAACCUUGCUUUCAACCGCCAGUUUUAUGAUGAGCACUGGUCAAAACACAGAGUUGUAACCUGUUUGGAUUGGUCACUUCAGUAUCCCGAAUUGAUGGUUGCUUCCUAUAAUAACAAUGAAGAUGCCCCACAUGAGCCAGAUGGGGUAGCUUUGGUUUGGAAUAUGAAAUUUAAGAAAAUCACGCCAGAAUAUAUAUUCCAUUGCCAGUCUCCUGUAAUGUCAGUCUGCUUUGCCCGAUUCCACCCGAACUUAGUAGUUGGUGGUACAUACUCUGGACAAAUUGUUCUCUGGGAUAACCGCAGUCACCGACGAACUCCAGUUCAACGAACACCUCUUUCAGCUGCUGCUCAUACUCAUCCUGUGUACUGUGUGAAUGUUGUUGGAACGCAAAAUGCUCACAAUCUAAUCACGGUUUCCACAGAUGGAAAAAUGUGUUCCUGGAGCCUAGAUAUGCUGACUCAACCACAAGAGAAUAUGGAGCUGGUUUACAACAAGUCAAAGCCAGUAGCUGUCACUAGCAUGGCUUUCCCAACAGGAGAUGUCAACAAUUUUGUUGUAGGAAGUGAGGAGGGUAUGAUUUAUACUGCGUGUCGGCAUGGCAGUAAGGCUGGUAUUGGUGAAAUGUUCGAAGGUCACCAGGGUCCAGUGACUGGUAUCAACUGCCACAUGGCUGUGGGACAGAUCGAUUUCUCCCAUCUGUUUGUCACCUCUUCAUUUGAUUGGACAGUUAAAUUGUGGACCACGAAGCACAACAAGCCUCUCUACUCCUUUGAAGACAAUGCAGACUAUGUCUACGACGUCAUGUGGUCACCAGUGCAUCCUGCAUUAUUUGCCUGUGUGGAUGGGAUGGGGCGAUUAGACCUCUGGAACCUCAAUAAUGACACCGAGGUGCCAACAGCUAGUGCAGCUGUUGAGGGAACAUCUGCACUAAAUCGGGUCAGAUGGGCAUCAACUGGCAGGGAGGUGGCAGUAGGAGAUUCAGAAGGACACGUAUGGGUUUAUGAUGUUAGUGAGCAAUUGGCAAUCCCUCACAGUGAUGAAUGGGCUCGUUUUGCAAGGACCCUGGUGGAGAUCCGGGCUAACCGGGCAGAUGCUGAAGAGGAAAAUGUUGUUGAAUUGGCUGUACAGCUGUAAGACAUUAUCUGUACCCUCCUUGCCAGUCCAAUGAUGCUAUACUAAGAUAUGCCAGUGUAAAGUGCCACUUAUGAUGAAAAGCUGCUAUUAUUAGUUUUACCAUUUCACACUUCUAGUAUGUUUAACAAUAUGUAAAGUGUGUUUAAAAACAACAUAGCAUUAUGAAAAUUACUGCUCAAUUCUGUGAUGUUAAAUGAGUGUCAUAAAUACUGAAAUUGCAUAAUGCAUUCAUUGAUGCCUUUUAACUAGUUGUAUUUAAUGACUAUAAGCCCAUAGUUAAAACUUGUAUUCGCAUGCCUGUAUUGCAUAGAUCUAUUAAACACAUUUGAUGCCAGAUAUGAUGAUGUGCAGAUGUGGUGAGAUACACUGUAUAAGACUGAGCCAAGAAUUUUAAAUGUGGUGUUUUCACACUGGUAAUGCACAUUAUGAAUGGUUGUACUGUAUGAGCAUUGCUGCUCCAUAUUUAUUAAACUACUGCAUGGAAAAUACUAGGAAAUCAUUAAAAUAAACUAUCCUAGAACAAA